CCGCAGCGAGGGUGUGUGUGAGGCGACGUGGUGUAUAAGCGGGGUUGAGGUCCACGAACUGCGCGCGCGUAGCGGUCUUCAAUCUUCCAUUGACCGGUCCCCAGCGCAGACUCAGCAUGACGUUCGGGUUCGUGACGUGCGGCCCCAACGAGGCGCUCGUCAUCUCGGGCUGCUGCUACUCCAAGCCGCUGCUGGUGCCCGGCGGGCGCACGUUCGUUUGGGGCUUCCUGCAGCAGUGCCAGAAGAUCUCGCUCAACACCAUGACGCUGCAGGUGGAGUCGCAGCGUGUUUACACCAGCCAGGGAGUGCCUAUCUCAGUCACCGGCAUCGCCCAGGUCAAGGUGCAGGGCCAGAACGAGGAGAUGCUGCUGGCCGCCUGCGAGCAGUUCCUGGGCAAGACCGAGGACGAGGUGCGCCAGGUGGCGCUGGAGACGCUCGAGGGCCACCAGCGCGCCAUCAUGGGCGGCAUGACCGUCGAGGAGAUCUACAAGGACCGCAAGAAGUUCAGCGAGCAGGUAUUCCACGUGGCCUCCUCCGACCUUAUCAACAUGGGCAUCACGGUCGUGUCGUACACGCUGAAGGACGUGCGCGACGAGGAGGGCUAUCUGAAGGCGCUGGGCAUGGCACGCACGGCCGAGGUCAAGCGUGACGCCGCGAUCGGCGAGGCGGAGGCCAAACGCGACGCUGCCAUCAACGAGGCCAUAGCUGAGGAGGAGCGCAUGGCGUCGCGCCUGCUCAACGACGUGGAGAUUGCCAAGGCGCAGCGCGACUUCCAGCUGAAGAAGGCCGCGUACGAUAUGGAGGUGGAGACGAAGCGCGCCGAGGCCGAGAUGGCGUACCAGCUGCAGGCGGCCAAGUCGCGCCAGCGCAUCAAGGAGGAGUCUAUCCAGGUGCAGGUGGUGGAGCGCUCGCAACAGAUCCAGGUGAUGGACCAGGAGAUCCAGCGCCGCGAGAAGGAGCUGGAUGCCAAGGUGCGCCAGCCGGCCGCCGCUGAAAAAUACAAGAUGGAGCGUCUGGCCGAGGCCAACCGCAACCGCAUGGUGAUGGAGGCACAGGCUAAGGCCGAGGCCAUCACGCUGAAGGGUCAGGCCGAAGCGUUCGCGAUCGAGGCGCGUGCCAAGGCCGAGGCUGAGCAGAUGGCCAAGAAGGCAGACGCCUGGCGCGAGUACAAGGAGGCGGCCGUGGUGGACAUGAUGCUGGAGGCACUGCCGAAGAUUGCGGCCGAGGUGGCGGCGCCGCUCACCCAGACCAAGAAGAUCACGAUGGUGGCUGGUGGCAGCGGGGAGGUGGGCGUGGCCAAGCUGACGCGCGAGGUGCUGUCCGUGGUGGGCGAGGUGCCCACUAUGGUCAGCAACAUGACCGGCGUCGACAUCCGGAAGGGCGCCCACGCCUAGGCUCUGCCGCCGGCGUGACACCCAGUCGGGGUCCGCUCCUCGCGGAGAUGGCAGACACUGCCUGAUGCGCUGCUGCGGCCGCUCGAAGCGGUCAGACCAGACGCUGGACCUUGCACCGCUUUUAUGCCGUCAGGAUGGUCAAUCUCGGAUCGCUGGACCAUGCUUCAUGUCUCGGCGUCGAUCAGGAGCUGAUUGCGCGUAAAUGGUCAGUUGCUUGGGAAAAAUCUCGGGGGUAUAUAUAUAUUUUAUGGCCAAUGGUCGGCCAUCGCUGCCUUGCUGCCUUGGUAACGUAGCAUCGUCCAACUCGUCUUUGUCAGGUAGUGUUGAGAGAUGCGACGUCGCGUUCGGGACUAAUUGUAGAGGUAGAAUGGAACAGGAUCAGGUUUUGAUUCUUUUAUAUGCAGCAGAACUGAACAAUAGAUUACCAUGCGUGCUAUAUUUCGGACAAUAUGACGAGUUCAGAAUCUAGCGCCCCUCCUACAUUGUUUAUUUUGUAACUUGGAGCUCCUCCGACG